AUGGUGACUCCUCGCAUAGCUGCAAGUCUUGCCACAGACGCGCGACGUGACACGUACGACAGGAUCCUUGCAAGUCGCCCAUCUGCCGUAGACGCUCAUGGCCACCUGGCACAAAUCGAAGCCGAUCUUCGUGCUAUCGAAGAAUCUACUGCCCACCUGCGUAGGCGACGCAAUGAAUUCAUUUCCGUCGCGCGUCUCCCUCCCGAUCUGCUCGCCCUCGUCUUCGAAUGCCUUGCUUCCAUUGAUCCUCUAAUUGACGAUGUCACCACGAAGAGACGCCUUCUUGACGUUGCUAAAUGGCACAAACGUGGUCUUUGCUGGAUCACUAUCACGCAUGUAUGUUCUUUCUGGCGCACAGUAGCCAUACAGGAUGCGAGACUCUGGUCCCAGGUGCCCGGCAGACUGGGGUAUCCUUGGGUAAACGAAAUCAUGCGCCGGCAUGGAGAAGCUGGCGAUCUUACGCUCGAGUAUACCUACGGAUUUCAGCCACAGUGGAUCGAACCAGGCGAGAUCAUAUCUUUGAUAGAGCAGAAUCUUCAUUACGUUGAAGACUUGCGCGUAAUGAUAGACGAUGCUGUGGAUCUCGCAAGCCCUAUGACCUUGAACUUGAACGUUCUCUACGAUCCGCUACUGCGUGCAAUCCUCAAUCCGGCACCCCGCCUACAUUCCCUCUUUCUGCAUACAAGCCAUGUUCCUUACGAGGCAUGGCCAUAUGCUCUCUUUUCAGGACAAGCUCCUCAUUUGACGAGGAUAUACCUGCAUGGUUACCCGACCUCGCCCACUCAACUGGAUCUCUGGUCCGCAGACCUCUUUUCAUCGCUGAAGCCUCUCUUACCCCAACUCACCGAUCUCUCCUUGGACUUCCGAGCACAGAGCCCCACGGAGACAUGCCGUUUCGGACCUCUUCACGAUGCACUAUCUGCUGCGAGGAAACUCGAGCGCCUUGAUAUUCGCGGCUAUCUCUUUGCAUCGCCUGAAGCAGAGAUGGCGGACGAAACUUCGACGUAUGCGCCUUUGGAGCUCCCCUGCAUGCGAGAACUCCGUGUUAUAGUAUCCGUUGCCACCUCGGCAUCAUUCGCGUCUUUGCUCGACGUGCCCGAUACUUGCACACUCGAGAUCGGUUGCUACGUCUAUCGUAGCGAUCGCAGAGCAGUGGCUAACUUGAGUGCACUUACCGAGUCGCUCUCUGCGCGUUUCGCAUCCGUCACCACCGUAGAAUUCGCCGCGCGCCGGAUGCCAUGCAAUCACCUGGCAUUCUCCGGGUGGUACACACGCUCUUGCGAGCUUCUUCUGGACGACUAUGUGCUGGCUUAUCCCAAUCCUAAGCCGCCCGCUGCACCGCGACCAGCCCCCAAUGUCAGCAUCACCCUCCACGAAUACCCGACCCAAGGCGAGAAGUCAUUCGGGAACCAUCCAUAUUACUUGUCUAAGCUACUGGCGUUUCUCGCGAUUCCGCUACGCGGCAUCGAGAACCUAUCACUGCGUGUAUCCGACGGUCUGAAGCAGGUCACAUACGCCAGUCCGGACUGGACCUUCAUCCGAGAUAGCUUCAAAUCACUACAGUGGUUGCGCGCCGACGGAUACAUCGCUUCGCAGCUUCUCCGGCAGCAAUGGUUCUUCGACGAAGACAUACUCACGCCGAGCGUCAUGCGCGUUCUUUUGAUGGGUGUCGACUGGGAGCCUGAAGAAGCACAGGAGCGCGAGCGCAGGCAACAAUCGUUGCGCCGGCUGCUUCAGAUGGGCGACGAUGUAACGGAUCUUUCUGUCGUACAGCGAUCCGCCGCUGUUGGUGGACGUAUAGGGGCAUCGCAUGAAGGGUUGGUGCUUAAUAUGUCUGACAUCUUGUUUACGGUCUUUAGUUUGCAGGCGAACACCACGGACGGAGAACCAGAUCGCGAAUUCGAUAGCCUACAUGACAUGUAUGAAUACUAG